UAUCUAAAACCUUACAAAAAUUAAAUAAUUUAAUUAAUUUACUGUUUUUUUAUUUUAUAAUAACUAAUUAGUUAACUAGUGUCUAAAUAAUUUUACCAUAACAGGUAAAAUGAAUUAUUAUAGUAAAAUAUUUAUUAUAAUGAAAAUAAUAAUUUUAAAUGUUAUAAUUGUUCGUACAAAUGAUGAAUUGAAUCAGAAUACUGAAAAUCAAACAUCAAUUACUAUUGACGAUUUGAAUAUACUCAUCAGAAAAUAUCCUGCAUUUAUACAGUUGAAAUUACAAAAACAAGAAUAUUACACAGGAAAAGAUAUAGCUCGUUGUCCUAUGCCUUACAACGAAAAUACUAUAUUAGACGAUCCCGAUGUUGUGGAGUAUAAUUUUUUCAACCCAAGAGAUUGUAAAAAACCAUGGACAUGGACACGGAAAAAUGAAAUAGAUGUUCCUGUACCUAUUGAUAGUACCGUUGGUCAAAAAUUAGGAGAUAUCAUUCGACCGUGUAUAAAAGACAAAAUUAACAUAAUCCAGUGUUAUACUCAUUAUUUAAAUGUUAUCGAAAGCGUUGGUUUAACAUUAAUAGACAGAUUUUGUAUGUUUCAAAUUGAAUUUUUAGAUAGAAUUUUAGUAGUUACAAAAAAUAUAGAUUAUUUAAAAAAGUUUAGUUUGUUUAAUAUUAAACAAAAUACUUCAGGACUAAACUUGAUUUUCGAAAAUGCUGGCCAACUUGCAAAAAAUAUAUAUGAUGCAUUUACACAGUAUUAUAUUUCUACUCUACCUCUUAACUGUAUUUCCAAUAUCACGAAGGAAUCGUCUAAUCUAGAGAGUAAUGCAUACUGCCAAGAACAAAGAAAGCAGAUCUUAAAUUGUCGGCAAUUAAUGAAAUCAAAAAUAAAUUAUGCCAUUUUAGAAAAUGAUCAGGACUGGGAAUGGGAUAUUACUUCUGUUUGCAAACCUGAUGACUCUGUAUUAAUGACUACGCAAUACAAAUAUGAUAUACUAGGAUUAAAACUAUUUCCUACAAAGGUGAAGAGGUUUUUUCGUCGAUUGGCAACACUAUUUAAGUGCUGUGUUUCGGAGAACAAGAAGCAUAAUACAAGUGGUGAUGUACAACUAGAUGUUAAAAACAUAGAAUGUAGAACAACACAAAUGAAUGAUAUCGAUGUAGAAAAUGUAGUAUCAGUAGGAAGUGUGUCAAUUGUAAAACAAGAUAAUGGUGAAGAUAUGAUUGCUGUGGAAAAUAUGAAUUUACCUGAAGAUACAAAUGACCUUUGCUUUUCCCAUAUUUUAACUAAGGAGGAUCGCCCUAAUAAUAGUACCCCAGAGCUCAGAGUAGAUUGUAUAGAAGAUUUGUUGACAGUUAAGCAAGAAAUUGAUGAAGAUAUGUUUGCUGUGGAAAAUAAAGAUUUACACGACGAUGUGAAUGAACUUUGCAUUUCCUAUAUUUUUACUGAAGAGGAUCACCCAAAUAAUAGUACCUCAGAGCUCAAAGUUGAUUGUACAGAAGAUUUGUUUACAGUUAAACAAGAGAAUGGUGAAGAAAUUAAUGUUGUAGAAAAUAUGAAUUUACAUGAAGAUACGAAUGACCUUUGCAUUUCCUAUAUUUUUUCUAAAGAGGAUCACCCAAAUAAUGAUUCGCCAGAACUGGAAGUAACAGCUAUUGAAGAAGCAGUGUCCAUGGAAACGCGUAAACACGAAGAAGGUGUUAUACGCUAUUUUGGAAUGAAUAAUGAAGCCGGUAGAAUAAUUUCAAAAAAUGGAAAAUGUUAUAAAUUUUAUAAAAAAGAUAUUGUUGGUUCUUAUAAAUAUUAUAAAUCUCCACAAAAAGCAAAGUUUGUGGUCAAUGAUUCACAGCCGAAUUGGGCGAAAGAUGUUGAAAUAGUUGGAGAUAUUUAUGGCCAACGAUGCUAUUAUUGUUUAACGCAUGGUCAUUAUACAGAAGAAUGUAUUCAAUUAGAUAUUGACUCAUUAAAUUUUUACUAUCCUUACAUUUAAGGUACUAGUACAAUCUGUUUGAUUAAUCUAUUUAUUCAGUUAUUAUUAAAAUUUAAUA